UUCACUUUAAUUGCAGCAUUUCUUUGGUCUGCCGACCUCCAUCCAAGUCUUCCUUCAGGAUUCUCUCUCUCUCUGGCUGUUUUUCUUCUGUUUGAAGAAAGAAGUCUUGAACUGUCUUUCCGAACUUUCCGACAUGUAACAGAUUACUCUCUCUGUUCAGCUCCUCCUGCAGUCCUUCCCUCUCUCUCCUAUGUGUGUGUGUGUGUGUGUGUGUGUGUGUGUGUGGUUUUUGGGUUGGAGGAGGGGAGGUUUUGAUUUGCUGUGCAGUCAGACGAGGGAGGUCGUCUUUCAGACCAGAUAUGGAGGCUGAAAGAAAAAGUCUUUAACACUUGGAAAACUUUACUUCUUGUGCUUCUGACCAAAAAAAGGAUAUCAUCUGGAAGCAGAUUUACUCUUUCUUUUCGUGGCUUUAGUUGCUGUUUGCUCUUUUUUGCAUGGUUUUGAGGAGGCUCUACCUGUGAAUGAAAAGGAUUGCAUUUUUUUAUAACGGAGGACAAUAACCAGUGGAUUACAUCGUCCAGAUCUGCUGUGAGUUGCAGUCAAGUUUAACAGCCUGUGGAUUCUAUAACCACCUCUGAAAGUAGCAACGUGAACAUAUGAAGCUAUUACCACAGCAUUCGCAUGUUUGACUAUCCUGCUAACUGCACUCAUUCUGCUUCAGAAGUUGGAGUACCCCGAAUGUUUUUUUCUUUCCCUUGAGAGACUCUUGCCCCCCUCUUAUCUCUUCAUUCCUACCUCCUGCAUCAUUCUCUCCCUCUCUCCUUUGUGUACUCCGGAGAAGGAGGAGCUCCGGACCAAAAAGAAGAGGAUUGGAUAGCGAUAUCAUCAUGUGCGUUAACAUUUUCACCAAGAAAGCUUAAUGGAGAGGACGAACAGCACAACAGCAAUUCAGCAAACUAUACGUUGAGUUAAAGAACCUCGCUCUCAUUCAUCGAGGAGCUGUUAUUUAUUGGGGCAACAACAGCCCUUUGAUUAGUUGACUCCGUCCUCUACAUGGAACCACUCUGAACCAAUCGCUGCCAGCUAGCUAUGGACUGCACGGCAGCUAUUUUGAAAGCGUGCGCCCGCUCCAGAGUCAAGUGGUGUCGGCACGAGCGGUCCUCCGUCCGUCACCCUCGGAGGCCGACGGAGGGCUGCGGUUGCGGCGGAGGUGUCACCGCAGCGGGGGUCGUCGUCGGCCACGCCUCCUCCCUCCUGCGGCGCUUACUGUUUUACGCCUGCUGUUGUCUGUCCCGCGAGGACAGCUCUGAGCUGUGUCGAGAAUGGGUGGAUCGUCCCGGUGGAGCACAUAGAGGAGGAAGAGGAAGAAAUGAGGAAGAAGGUGAAGAUGAGGAGUUGGGACCCCCGCCCUCAGUAGACGAGGCGGCUGAUGCUCUGAUGACCAGGCUGGGCUUCCUGCUGGGGGAGAAGGUAAUGAGCGGAGAGCCGGGCUCCCCGUACCACGCCCAGGACGAUGGACAGAGAAUCUCUCCAUCCUCCAGUCUGGCCAGUAGCAGCACCUCCCCCUGCUCCACACUACAGCCUCCUGCUGGAGGGGAGGGCGACGACAACAACAAGCUUGCCUCCUCCAACCACGCCUCCGUCACCUCCCCCACCUCGACUCUGGAGAGCAGAGACAGCGGCAUCAUAGCCACGUUGACCAGCUAUUCUGCCGAGUCGGCGGCAGAGCGGUACGACAGCGGGAAGUAUCCCGGCGACGGUUACCGUGGCAGCAGCCUGAAUCUCUGGCAGCAAGGGGGCCGGCCGGUGGUGGCCUCCAGCUCCUCUUCCUGUAUGGUAGCAGCAGGAAGCGCGAAUGACGGCUUCCUGUACAGGGUGGAGGACAUCAUGGCCGCCUCCACUUACAGCCUCAACAAGCUCCACCCAGACCGAGGCCCCGGCUCCGCCCGCUCAUCAGGCUCCACCCACUCCAUCCCUCUCUACCUCAUGCCCCGCCCUAAUUCAGUUGCUGCCACUAGUUCCGCCCACCUUGAAGAUCUAGCCUAUCUGGAUGAGCAGCAGAGACACGUCCCUUCAAGGACGUCCCUCAGAAUGCCCAGACAGAAUUCUGGGAGUCGUAGUCAACAGGACCACAGAGUUCGUUUCACUCCCUCUCUCAACCUGAAGCCCCUCCACUUCGAGGUUCCUGGUCUCUCGUCUGAUUGGCUGUUCACCGGCAGGGAGUGGCUCUUCCAGGAAGUGGACGCUUGUCUUCGCAGUGGCGACGCGUCGACCAGUCGGGGCGUGGUGAUUAUCGGCAACAUGGGCUUCGGCAAGACGGCUAUCAUCGCCCGUCUGGUGGCGCUCAGUUGUCACGGAAAUCGCAUGUCGCCAACCGCUACCGGCAACCAGACCAUGCCUAAACCAGGUGUAGAGGCUGCUUCUUUCUCCCAUGACUCCCUGGGAAGAGGAGGUGGGGGAGAUGAAGGAGGGGGAGGAAGCUGUCCGGGGACUCCAGAGAUGAGGAGGAGACAGGAGGAGGCGCUGAGGAGGCUUGCAGGACAGGUAGUCUCAUAUCAUUUCUGUCAAGCUGAUAACUGUCACACCUGUCUGGUUCCGGAGUUCGUCCACAACAUGGCGGCGACGCUGAGCGACGCCCCUCAGUUGUCGGCCUAUCGGGAGCUGCUGCACCGGACGCCGCAGCUGCAGAGCACGCUCAGCAUGCGCUCCUGCAUACAGGAUCCGAGCUCUGCCCUCCAGAGAGGAAUACUGGAGCCGCUGGACGCUCUCCACAGAGAGAGGAAGUUGCACGUGGAGGGGGCGGGGCUUAUUAUACUUAUUGACGGGCUGAACGAGGCAGAGUUCCACCGGCCAGACUACGGCGACACGCUCACUUCCUUCCUGUCCCGCAACGUCCAGAAAUUUCCUUCCUGGUUGAAGGUCAUUACCACCGUCAGGACUGGUCAGCAGGACAUCACUCGCUCUCUACCUUUUCGCUGCAUCUCUCUCGAUAAGAUGGAGGAGAACGGCGCCAUAGACCAGGACCUCCAGGGUUACCUGUUGCAGCGUAUCCACAGCAGCGCAGAGAUCCAGAGCAACGUGUCGCUGAGCAACGGUCGCCUCGACAACACGGCACUGGCCAAGCUGAUCGGCCACCUGAAGAGCCUGAGCAAGGGCUCGUACCUCUACCUGAAACUGACCCUGGACCUGAUAGAGGGAGGAUACCUGGUACUAAAGAGUUCCAGCUUCAAGGUGGUCCCUGUGAGUCUAGCGGAAGUCUACCUGCUGCAGCUCAACAUGCGGUUUCCCACCCAGUCGUCUUUCCAGAGAGUUCUGCCACUGCUCAACGUUACCGUGGCGUCGCUGCACCCGCUGACCGACCAGCAGCUGUUUGAGGUGGUGAACGCGAGCGCUGUGACCGGAGGAACGCUGCACUGGGGGGAGUUUGUGCACCGUCUGGAGCAGCUCUCCUCUUUCCUGCUGCGGCAGAGCGACGGCAGCCGGAUGCUAAACCACGCCUCCUUUAGGGAGUGGCUGAUGUGGAGAGAGGAGGGUCAGGACGACAGGUUCCUCUGUGACCCCAGGAGCGGCCACACUCUCCUGGCCUUCUGGCUCUGCAGACAGGAAGGAAAGUUGAACCGACAAGAGACACUAGAGCUGGGACAUCAUAUCCUGAAGGCUCACAUCUACAAGGGUCUGAGUAGGAAGCUCGGGGUUUCCUCCUCAGUUCUGCAGGGGCUGUGGCUGUCCUACAGCACGGAGAGCCUGAGCCCUGCUCUCUCAUCACUACGCAACCUCUACACCCCCAACAUCAAGGUGAGCAGGUUGCUGAUUAUGGGCGGGGCCGAUGUGGAUUCCCGUAGUGACGUCCUCAACAACGCCCCCCUGCUGUGUGUCCACUCUCACCUGGGCCACAGUGAUGCUGUGGCAUUGCUGCUCGACCUUGGAGCUCAGGUGGAUGCUCGGUCACAUGAUGGGUUGACUGCACUAGGAUUCGCUGCUGCAGCUGGACAUCUGGAGAUUGUCACCAUGCUGAGUCAGCACACAGCUAAGGUGGGUCAUGUCGACAGCUCAGGUCGGUGUGUGUUGGUGCACGCGGGUCAGCGGGGGCACCUCGAGGUGCUGCGCUUCCUGCUGAGGCUUGCGGACUGGAGCUGCACUUCCUGUUGCGGCCAGAGGGGGGCGAGCAGGUGCCAGGCGGUGCAGCAGGCUCUGAUAGCAGCUGCCAGCAUGGGCCACACAGAGACCGUGUCAUACCUCCUGGAUCUUCCAGAGGAAGACGAGGAAGAGGAGGAGAGACCUGAGAUCAACACACCUGACAGUCUGUGGGGAGAGACAGCUCUGACAGCAGCAGCAGGAAGUGGCAGGCUGGCUGUCUGCAGGCUGUUGUUGGAUCAGGGGGCUGCCGUUGACCAAGGCAACCGGCGGGGUAUGGCUCCCCUCUUCAGUGCUGUGAGACGUGGCCACUGGCAGGUGGUGGAGCUCUUACUGAGUCACGGGGUGGAGGUGAACACGGUGGACCAGCAGGGUCGAACAGCUCUGAUGACGGCAGCCUCAGAGGGACAUAUGACCACCGCCCAGCUGCUGCUGGAUCAUGGAGCCUCUCUCGAGCAGACGGACAGGGAAGGGUUAACGCCGCUGAGCUGGGCGUGUCUGAAAGGCCAGCUCCCAUUGGUCAGAGAGCUUGUGGAGCGAGGUGCGGCCACAACUCACGUUGACCGCAGUGGACGGACACCUCUGGAUCUGGCUGCCUUCCGCGGUGACCCAGAAGUGGUGCAGCAUCUGGUGGAUCACGGUGCGUCGGUGGAGCACGUGGAUUGCAGCGGGAUGCGUCCUCUGGACCGGGCGGUCGGCUGCAGAAACACCUCGACAGUCAUCGCUCUGCUCAAAAAGGGAGCCAAGAUAGGACCAGCGACCUGGGCCAUGGCGACCUCUAAACCAGACAUCCUAAUGGUUCUGCUCAGUAAAUUGAUCCAAGAGGGAGACCUACUGUACAAGCAAGGUAAAGUGAGGGAAGCUGCUCACUCCUAUCAGUCAGCUCUGCAGAAGUUUCCGGGGGACGAGCUGAAGAUGUUCAGACAGCUGAGAGUGUGUGUGCUCCUCAACAUGUCUCGCUGCCACCGCAAGAUGAACGAUUUCCUCCUUGCUGAGGAGUUUGCCGCCAAGGCGCUAGAGCUGAAAGCUAAAUCCUACGAAGCCUUUUAUGCCCGAGCCCGCGCCAAACGUGGACGCAGACAGUUCCAUGCAGCCCUGGAGGACCUGAUCGAGGCCAGCCGCCUGUGCCCAUCAAACCGGGAGAUCCAGCGCCUGCUCUCCCGGGUCAAGGAAGAGUGUCGGCAGGUUGCACAACAACAAGACUCUUCCCCUCCUUCAUCACAUCCUGUUUAUCAACAAAAUGUGGCCAUAUCCGUCACUGAGGCCAGGUGCAGAGAUUCAGGUUGUCUGCAGGUGCAGGACAGGGAGGGGCUUACUGAGGAAGAGGAGGAAGAGGAGGAAGAGGAGGAGGAGGAGAGUCGCAGAGAAGGAGAUGCUGCUCCUCACUCCUCCUUCCACCCUCCACCUGUGGUUCAAAGUCUUGACACUCACUGCCACCCUGGGGUGCCAUCCCCCUCCUCCCUUUCGCCCACUCACCUGUAUCGUCGCCUCCCCAGCCCUACCCACUCUCCCUCCUCCUCUUCCCCCUGUCACUCUGCACCUCCUCCAUUCUCCUCCUACCACCAUUUCAGCUCUCCACAGCGACCCAGCCCAAUAUCGGAAAGUAUGCCUGCAUUGUCAGGAAGUGGAGGUCUGCACCACCAACCACAGUCCAUCUCAGCCCUCCACCACUCGGACCAGAACCUAGGACUGCAGCAGCAGCAGCACCACCACCACAUGUCCAAUCAGAGAUCUUUCCAAAAGCAGAACCCUGUUCAUGGCCAGUGGCUCCAAGCAGCCAAAGUCCAGAUUGUCAGAACCAGUCAGCCCAGUUCCUCGGCCCACUCCAGCAUGAUUUUGGGAAGUUCUGCUUACUCCCAGUUUGGCCAACUGCCACAAGAACUGGCCGAGCUGGGGGAAGGCAUUUGCCCGAGCCCCCUAGAUAUCAGGCCUAGCCUGCAGGUCCAGGCUGGUCUGAGCUCCGGAUCAUAUCCACUAGAUGAUGUAGAUGUUGACUUUGUUUGCCAGGCAAGACCUGCAUCUGCCUAUGGGAGAGAAGGAGGAGGGGAGAGGGCAGGGGUAAGUCUGUUUGGCCAGGCCCGUCAGUUCAGUCGCAACCAAUCUAAAGCAGCCUACUACCCCAUGGAGGUUACUGAGGCGACAUUGGGGCCUCCUGAUAGCCUUCCACCAUUGCACGAUUACCAAUACCACCAUCAGGGGGGACUACGACGCCCACUCAGUGCCCACCCAAACUCCUCCCCCGCUCCUCCCCCGAGGCCACUUGUCCACUCCCAGAGUAUCAGCGUCCGUUUCUCCACCAGCAGCGGCAGUCUCGCUGGUGGGCAGCCCGCCAAUCACGGCCCAGGCUUCAGGACCUCAGCCUCCGUCCAGCACAUGGAUUUGCCUUCAGAUCUGGCCUCUGUGGGAGGGGUUACUGGUUACCAUGAUGAUCUCUUUUUGAUCUCCUCUCCCAAUUCAGAAAUAUGCAUGGUAGGAGGCGGGACUUAUCCUGGAGAGGCAGGCCGUUCUUCUAGGAACACUCCAUUUAUGGGCGUUGUCGACAGGACCGCGAGGGUGCACCAGCAGUAUCAACAACAAGCUCCUUCCAGUUCUGCAUCCUGUCUCAGCCCUUCUCGCUCCUGGGCCGUGUCUUCAGUGGACACGGUCAUCACCUCGCCUAACAAAACCCCCACCAGUCAAGGAGGCUUUGGUCAACCCCAGCCAUCCUCCAUUGCCUACCACAACCGCAGCAACAACAACGCCCACUUGGACAACCAGCUCGACUACUAUCCUCAGGGUGAAGGCGUAGCGCACGUUGCCAGUCAGAAUCCCUCCUACCUGGAUGUGAAGCUGGCUCGAACGCUACCGGUGAUCCACAGCUGCUCAGACAGACCCAGUGACAGACAGACAGGCCCUACCUCACCUGUCAAACCAAAAAGACCCUUUGUAGAGUCCAAUGUAUAGAGAAAGGCUUAAAUGUUAAGUCGGAGAUGAGGGAGGAGGGUUAAUAAAGAGUGGUUAAAAAGAAA